AUGGAGGGUCAGAUGGCCCUCUGCUGGCCGCUCAGUCUCCUGCUGCUGGCGUCCCUCUGCCUGCUGCCUCCAGGUGCCUCAGGGCAGCUCCAUCCAACCCGCGAAGCCCCUGAGGUGGCCCCCUCCAUCCAAGGAGUGCGGGGCGGCUCCGUGGAGCUGGCCUGUGGCUCCCACCCCGCCCCACUGGUGGUCUUCUGGAGCUUCACCCCGCUGGGCUCACUGAUUCCCCAGCCUGUGGCCGUCACCAAUGGAGCAGAGUCCAAAGUGGAGGCCAGGGCCUCAGCUCUGGGGGCCGUGAGUCUGCGGAACAGCAGCCUGGUGCUGGGGGAGCUGCGGGAGGGUGCCCGCGGCCACUUCCUAUGCCAGGCCCUGCACACGGCUGGUGGCCAGCUCCACACCACCUCCUCCUACCUCACUCUGGCCGUGCUGGUGCCCGUAUCGAAGCCACAGGUGCGGCUGAGCGACCCGGCCCCGGUGGAGGGGACCUCCGUGGUGGCCACGUGUGCAGUGCAGGAGGGCACGGAGCCUGUGACCUUUGCCUGGCAGCAUCAGGCACCCCGCGGUCCUGGAGAGGCUCUGGUGGGGCCCACAAAGCGCCUGCUCCAGCUGGACCCAGUCAACCGGACACAUCUGGGCUGGUAUGUGUGCAGUGCCCACAACGCCGUCAACCAGCUGAGCAGCGAUGGCGCCUUCCUGGAUGUCAUCUAUGGUCCAGACAAUCCUGUGAUCACCGUGGAGCCACUGGGCUUCACUGAGGAGGGAUUUUGGGCCAGUGAGAGGGAAGAGGUGACUCUGAGCUGCCUGGCUGCAUCCAACCCACCUAGUCACUACGUGUGGCUCCAUGACCACACUCAGAUCCACACUGGGCCCACCUACAUCAUCGCCAGUGCUGGCCGUGCCCACACGGGCCUGUACACCUGCCUGGCCCGCAACAGCCGCCUGGACACCCGCACGCAGAGCACCAUCCAGCUCAACAUCUACUACCCCCCUGAGGGGCAGCCCUCCUGUACUGUGCUCCCCACCCUUGGGGCUGUGACUUUGGUCUGCUCCUGGCCCGGGGGGCUUCCGGCUGCGCAGCUGCAGUGGGGCGGGCCCCAGGGAACCAGCCCCACUGCCCUCAGCAACAUCACCUGGAGUCACGUGGCCACCCAGCUCCCCAACGGCAGCGUCCUCACCUGCACUGGCCAGCACCCAGCCCUGGUACUGCCCGCCCUCUGCAGGAUCACGCUGUGGGAACCCCUCUGGAGCCCUACCUGCUGGACCACGGCCACAGUCGGAGACCAGUUCAUCGUGCUGAGCUGUGAGUGGCCUGGAGGCGAGCCCCCUGCCGUGCUGAGCUGGCUUGAUGGACAGCAGCGGCCCCUGGGCAACAGCAGCUCCUCGCUGGCCGUCCACCUUCUGCCGGCCCAGGAAGACCUGGCUGGAAGCGAGUUCACCUGCCAGGGCGCUCACCCACUCAGAGUCCCCGACCCCAAUUGCCGGCUCCGGCUAGAAGCUCCGCAGCUGGCAGUGGCUGAGCCCCGGGUGUCAGUGCUGGAGGGGGGAGAGGCCUGGCUGGGAUGUGCCCUCCUGGGCAGCACGCCACCAGCCCAGCUCCUCUGGCUGGGACCCCAGCGACGGCAGGUGGAGCCAGGCACCUCGGGAUUCACGCUGCACCCUGAGGGAGCCCAGCUCCGCCUGAGGGUCCGGGAUGCCGACCCAGCACACCAUGGGGGCACCUACCAGUGCGUGGCCCGGAGCGCCUUGGGCAGCUGCAGUCAGAGCGUCCUGCUGGAGGUCCUGAAAUACCCGGCUCCCCCCAACGUCACCAUCAGCCGCCUGACCUAUGGGAGGCGCCGGAGAGAGGUGCACCUUCAGUGGGCCAUUGAAGGCCCCGGGAACGUGACGGGCUUCCUGGUGCAGCGGAGGGCCAGCGCCCCAGGCCCGGGAGCUGGGGCCUGGGAGACAGCGGCUGGAGACAUCGAGCCGGAGAGCAGGGGCCGGCGCCUGGGGGGCUUGGACCCGGGGGUCCUUUACGCCUUCCGUGUGCUGGCUCUGAACCACCGCACAGCUGGACAUCCCUCUGAGGUGAAGAUACCAGCGGACCCCCCGUUCAGCGCCUACCCUGCGGUGCUGGGUGCGGCAGGCACAGGAAUGGUGGUGGCAACGGUGGCCUCUCUGCUGGUGUUCCAGUAUGCUGCCCGGCACCCGGAGACUUUCCCCCGUCUUGGACGGUUGCUUGCUCCCAUGGAGCGAAGUCACCCCUGUUGGGGUUCAAGGAGAGGCCCCGAGGCCACGGCACGCACUGAAACACCAUCCACCAGCCCAGGUUCGGAUCCUGCACAAGAAUCCCAGGACCCUCCAGUAAAUGUCACCAUCACAGUGACUGCAACGCCAUGA